AAAGUGACACCGCAGCAGCAGGUGAAGAUCCUCCACCCAGCAGCAGAAGCAGCAGGAAACGCAGCAGAGUUUCAGCAGAAAGAAACCACGGUCACCUGAACAGUCUGACCAUGAGGUGGCGCUUCCUUCCUCUUCCUCUCCUCCUCUCCUCUCUCCUCCUCUCGCUCCUCUCCCUGCUGGUGGAGGGAGAUUCAGGAUUCAAGAUCUGUGCCUACAAUGUGGACAAUUUCAACUUGGCCAAAGCGUCACAAAGCGGAGUUCUACACACUCUGACACGGGUCGUGGCUCGCUGUGAUAUCUGUCUCCUGCAGGGGGUGAAGGAUCCUGAUGGUAAAGCCAUUAAAAAGCUUCUAGUUUCUGUCAACAGGGCCACUCAAAGGUAUGAACAUCACAAAUACAAGGAAGUAUCCAGUAAGAGUCUGGGAAACUCUCCCGCCGACAUGCAGCAGUAUGUUUUCAUCUACAGGUCAGGCAUGGUGAGUGUGACGGGGAAGCAUCAGUACGAGAAGAAACAGUCCUUUGUCAGAGCGCCGUAUGCCGUUCAGUUCCAAAGUGAUAAAACCGCAAUAAAGAAGUUUGUUUUGGUUCCACUGCACACUGAUCCCAGUAAGGCUGUAAAGGAGAUCGACCGACUGUACGACGUCUUUGAGGAAGUCCGCAAGAAAUGGAACAACAUGAAUGUGAUGUUCCUGGGAGAUUUCCAUGCCAGCUGUGCCUAUAUGACCCGAACGAACAAGAAAGACAUCCGACUCUUCACUCAGGCCGGUUUCUCCUGGCUGAUCCGAGACAAAGUGGACACCACCGUCGGGGAACACACUAACUGUGCUUAUGACAGGAUCGUGGUAUAUGGGAAACCCUUUCUGAAGGGUAUCUAUCCGUCCUCUGCGAUAGUCUUCAACUACGUCAAAGAGUUCAAACUCUCCAAGACCAGGGCGCUGGAAGUGAGCGACCACUUACCUGUGGAGGUGAGACUAAAGAGCUCCGCCUCUCUCCUCCAGGCCACGCCCCUCCUCAUCCUCAUCAGCGUCUCAGCUAUCGUGCAGUACUUCCUGUCUGCUCUGUGAUCGUCUGCUUCAGUCUUGAGGUGUAACUGAUC